AUUUUUUUCUCAGAGAUGAUUGAAGGCUUAGAUUUUGUCUCUGAACGAUAAUGAAGCGAGUUUACGGUAGUUGCAAGAGUGUCAUGGUGAGUGACGAAGAUGAAGAUUCGCCGGAUAACUGCCGUGAGCGACGACGGAGGAGGAUGGCCAUGAGGAGGAUGGCCGCAGGUGCGUCCGGUUUAUCGGUUAUCGCUAGGGAAGAUGAACAUCAGAAGUACUGUGCGGCACAUACGACUAGCGAUAUCCCGACGACUUCUACCCCCACGGCUGCGAUCAGGAGUUUGAUUAGCAUCAUGGAGACGCCGCCGCCGCCGCCGCAUGGCAUCAUGUCGGUGGUCGGUAGGCAGCGUGAAAUGGAAGACGAAGUUUCAGUUCGGACGAACUUAUGCCGGCCGGAGAUCAACGGUUUCCGACCAGUGCAUUUCUUCGGUGUGUUCGAUGGACAUGGCGGCCGUCACCAGGUAUCAGCAUUGUGUAAAGAGAAGAUGCACGUUAUCAUGGAGGAGGAGUUGAUGGGGAUGAAGGUAACUGGAGACAAGCCGGAUAGUAGUGGUGGCGAAGAGCUAUGGAAGACGGCGAUUAAGCGGAGUUUCCAGAGGAUAGAUGAGAUCUCGAUGAAAUUGUGUCUGUGUGGUGGACUGAGUAGUAGUUCCAAUAUCUGUAGAUGCAUUCCGCAGUUGUCUUUCAUAGGAUCGACGGCGGUGGUGUCGAUUCUGACGAAGGAGUACAUAUUUGUGGCAAACUGCGGAGACUCACGCGCCGUCCUCUGCCGUAACACCAGGGCCAUACCCCUUUCCGUCGACCAUAAGCCUGAUAGGGAAGACGAACGAGCAAGAAUCGAAAGUCGUGGAGGCCGAAUCAUGUUUGCAGAUGGAGCACGAGUGGAAGGAAUCCUUGCGAUGUCCCGAGCAAUAGGAGAUAGGGUUCUGAAACAGUGGGUAACGUCUGAACCUGAAAUCACGGUGACAAGACGAGAAGCCGGAGAUGAAUGUUUGAUAGUAGCGAGUGACGGAUUAUGGGAUGUUGUUUCGAGUGAAUUGGUUUGUAAGAUAGUUCACGAAUGUCUUGUGGAGAACCAGGAGCCUCGGAUUGAAGCAGAUGAAGGGGCCGCCGCUGGAUGCAGGACCAAUUCAGCAGCGACGUUGCUGGUACGUCUGGCUUUGGGACGUCGGAGCACCGAUAACAUCAGCGUCAUAGUUAUUGAUUUGAGGAACUGAUAUUUCUACAAACCAAAUUUUGGAUUUUGGACGUGGAUAUGAAUCAAGUCCUGUAAAUAAGGUUUAGCCAGAGAGAAUUAUAUGCACAAAUAGACUCUUUUUUUCUUAAUUAAUGUGUUAGAAAGUUUAAG